GGGUUGCGUUCUCUGUAAUGAGCCUGAGUGACUUAUUCAUCCGCUGACAAAGUUCAUGUUCUCGGAAAAACCUCACCAGAGAUGGUUCUUGGUGCUCUCUAACUCUCUGGAGCUACACACAGUCUGUACCUGUUUAAUUACAACCGCUCGAUGGUUUUAAGGUCUUUCUAAGCCGCCUGCUGCUGCUGGGAUGAAGGAGUUGAUUGAGGAGAUGCCCGACACUGGGUACGGGUACGGGUGCGCCGUGGCUAACCGCUUCGGGAAGCUUCUGGAUGAUGAGUCGGAUCCUUUCGACCUCCUGCACCAGGCGCAAGUGCAGCAGGAGCGAAAGAAGAAGAAAGAGGAGAUAAAGAAGCCCCCCGCUCCCCCUGCGAAGACUGGGAAGAAGGAGUCCCAAAGAGAGAGGAAGGUUCCUCUUCGUACAGCCGGUGACAGUGGUGUGAAUAUUAACAGGGGUGUAGCAGGCCCAAGACGUCCUGCUCGUGGUCCGCCUGAGGAGAGAGUGGAGAGACGUGUUGCCUUUAAUGAACCCAGGUUCAAUGAGGGUGAUGAUUCCCUGGGGUACUCCAUCGAGAGGCCUAUAGAGCUUUUUGACCGAGCUGGACGAGGAAGAGGAGGUGGAAGGGGGCGUGGGGCACGAGGUGCUGGAUAUUCCAGGUCCAGUGACGGCUUUGAUCCAAGGGGAAAGAGGGAGUUUGAGCGCCACAGUGGUAGUGACCGAGCCAGGAGUGUUCGUCCUGAAGAGAAGAGGGGAGGCAGUGGACCUCGUAACUGGGGGUCAAUGAGGGAUCAUGUAAGUGCAGUGGCUGAUGCACUACCCAAUGAGGAGAUUGUUGAAAGUGAGGAAGCACCAGAUACUGCAGAGAAUGAUGGAGAAAACCAGCCUCUUGAGAAUGAAGAAGUGAUUGAGGUUGCCAUAGAGAUGUCUCUGGAUGAAUGGAAGACUAUGCAGGAGCAAAGCAGACCCAAGACAGAGUUUAACAUCCGAAAGGCAGACACCAAGUUGCCCUCCAAAGCUGUGGUGAUACACAAGUCCAAACAUAUUGAGGAGCAUGCAGAUGGCAUCAGUGAGGAUGAUGUAGUCUUUCGGCGUCCUGCAAAUGACAUCACCUUUCAGCUGGAGAUAAACUUUGGUAGUCUGGCCCGGCCCUCUCGAGGGGGAAGAGGUGGACGAGGGGGUCGUGGCCGUGGGGCAGCUGCUCCCCAAAGAUCACCUGAGAAAUAUGCUGAAGCGGCUCCAAACCCAGAUGACCCAGAGGAUUUCCCUGCACUGGCCUAAUGCAGCUGCCGCAGAAGGUACCCUUUGGAUCAAAUUGGUGCCAAACCAGCAGAAGUCCUGUGAUUUGCCUUGCCCUGCUCUGGGUGAAAUUAAACUGCACUUGAAGUUCCUGUAAAAAGAAAUGUAAAUUAAAUUUUGUUCGCUUAUUCUCAAUGGGCCGUGUUCCGACUAGCAUUUCAGUAGGCCCUUUCAUUGUGAUUAUAGUUGUCACAUAUGGAAAAUAAAGCAAGCAAAUAAAUGCAGACUUGGUGUGUGUGUGUG